CACUUUCCAAUAGACCAUAAUCCUUUGCGGGCACAGUGACUUCCGGUUUACCGGUAGUAAAUAAACCUGAUCGUUUGAUUGCCGCAGAUAACAGUUAAAAAUAAUAAUUCAGACUCAGAAAAGACGUAGAGAGAUAUGGAGGGCCUUCCACGUUCACCUAAAAUAGCUGGUGGAUACAAAGGGUCUGUCGGUGCAUAUUGUUGUGUGCCAGGCUGUACUAAUUCUCAAGGUCGAUGCAACAGAAAUGGUUUGAAACUAUCCUUCUACAGUUUCCCUAAAGAUGUCAAACAGAAGAAGAUAUGGCUAGACAGAAUAAGGCGGGAUGUAAUUGAUGAAAAUGGAAAGAUUGUUCCUUUUGAACCAAAAUCUCAUUCUCGAGUGUGCUCGGCUCAUUUUGUUGGAGGAUGUAGGUCACGCAGCCCUCACUCUGCUUCAUUUAUCCCAAGUAUAUUUCCAAGAAGCAGCACCAAGAAACGAGAAACAAAACGGUCACAGACAGCAGGUCAUGCACAUACUCCACCAUUAUCAAGUAAAAGAAAGCCUGUACCUGAUUCACACACUGCAGAAAGACCUGGUCGACCUAAAGCACAAAGGAGUCUUAACUUUCCUGAUGUCCCUUUAGAUCAUGACUAUAUUAAGACAAGUGCUGCCUCAGUAGACAGCUCUAACCAGGAAACAAAAAUGAUUGAAUUGGAGAAAGAGAAUGAACUUCUGAAGUCCAAACAGUUACGUCUGGAAAACAUUAAAGAUAAUGAUGACAAAUUUCAAUUUUACACUAGCUUGCCAAAUUAUGCUGUUUUUGCUGCAUUGUGUAACUAUCUUAAGCUACGUCUAGAAAGUACAGGUGUUAGUUAUUGGAGAGGACAGUCAACCAGUAAUUCCACUGAGUCUCCUUCGUGUGGUAGAGGGCCGGACAGAAAAUUCACAAUUGAAGAAGAAGUAUUCAUUGUGCUGGUGAAGUUGAAAACUGGAAAUUUCAACGAAGACCUAGCCCACACAUUUGACACCAGCGCAGCACACAUUUCACGGUUAUUCAGCACAUGGAUUAACAUUUUGUGCACUGAAUUCAAAUUACUGUUUGAAAUGCAAAGUAGUGAGGAAGAAAAAGCAGAGUGCUUUAGUAGUUUUGAGGAAUUGAAAAUCAUAAUAGACUGUACAGAACUUAUGGUGCAAAGAGCUUCAAAUUUAGAUGCAAGGAAAAGGACUUUCUCAAACUAUAAACAUCAUGAUACUGUAAAAUUCUUAGUAGGUCUUUCACCAAAUAGCUGUUAAUUAUGUUUCAAAGGCUUGGGGAGGGAGAUCUUCAGACAAACAUAUUACCUUGAAUAGUGAUACACUCAUGAAUGGAUUAAGUUCUGGACAAACUGUCAUGGCUGAUCGUGGAUUCAAUAUUAGUGGUGAACUUAAAAAGAAAGGUGUCAAGUUGUUGAUUCCGGAAUUCAAAGGACGUGAUAGACCACAAAUAACUAAGCAGGAGGCUAAUAGAUCGGAGUACAUUUCAAAAGCAAGGAUUCAUGUGGAACGAGUAAUACAAAGAAUUAAAUGCUUCUACCAUUUGGAAAGAGUCAUUCGACUAAAUAUGCAAGAUUUGGUUGAGCAGAUUUUUACAGUUUGUGCAUAUCUUGUAAACUUUCAAAUGCCUAUUAUUCGCAGAUGAGGCACAACUUGUAAACAGUCACAGCAAAAAGACAUUUUCAAAAUUUUCAUGAAAAUUGACACGAUUCUGAGGCAUGCUGCUUUAAAGCUUAGACCUCCAGAUGAACUCUUGAUAAUUAUGUACUAAGUAGAAUGCUAUACAAAUCACAAAAUAAUAAAUGACAUGACAUACAUGUACCCAAUAAAUGAUUGAUUUUACAUUAUAAUUUAUUUAUUACCAUAUUUCCAUUUUACACUAUAAGAUAUAUGCACUUACGGCUAGUUUUAUAGAAUAAGGCGACAUAUAGGGAUUACUUUCGGCAGGCGGCAUCCCCUAAAGCUUGUCUGGAACAUAACUCAAGCACUUUAAGUCAGAUUGACUCCAAGCUUGGUAUGCAUGCUUUUCAAUGACCCAAAGUGUAGUGAUUUUUGAGUUAUUGCCCUUUGUUAAUUUUCAUACUUUAUUUUUUUCUGGGCCAUUUCACAUAAACUAUAACAGCUAUGGACAUGAAACUUCAAUGGAUGAUAGAUCUCAUUGAGAAGAAGAGUAGUGCACAAGAACCAGUACUCUGUUUGUCAUGAUUUUAGAGUUAUUACCCUUUGUUAAUAAUUAUACUAUAUUUUUGUCUGGGCCAUUCUACUAAACAAUAAGCUAUUCAAGCUACAUCAAUCCUGAUGUAACAUUGUUACAAUCAGUUCAAAUGCCAGUAAAGUUCAAGGUACAUGCACUUUGUAAGAGUGGUUUUUACAAAUAAUGUUUAUUAAAUGUGACGGCUAUACUGUUCACAGGGCGACACAUCCGACUCGCAGAGUUCUAGUUUAUUUCAUAUUACACCUAUAUUUGCUAAAUUAAGUUGGUUGAAAGAGCUGCUUGAAAUUGGUAAUUUUCUGUCUCUAAUCGCCUUUCAUAAUUUUCAUGAAAGUUGGUAUUAAUUAUUUUAAAAGCAUGAAGUUUUAACUUCUUCUACUUGGAUAAUAAUCAGGCUAUAUAAUUUUCAUACUUUCAGUUAGA